GGGGGGCCGGGCUGCCAUCCGACCUCCGGAGCCGCCCCGGCGCAGCCCUGCCAGGCCGUGCCCGUGCCCGCGGGGCCGGCGGGGGCGGACGGGGGCCGGUGGCUGCGGCGGGAGGUCCCGCCGCGGGGGGGCACCGGGCAGCGACCGAGCGCCGCCGGGCUGCGGCGUCACUGCGGGCCUGCGCCGGGCUGCACCGGCACCGGGGGACACAGGCACCGGGAGCGGCACCGACCUUCCACCGGCAUCGCAGCACCGGGAGCGGCACCGGGCUCCAACCGGCAUCGCAGCACCGGGAGCGGCACCGGGCUCCCACCGGCAGCAGCCCCGCGGCACCGGCACCGGGGGUCGUCCGGGCUCCCAGCGACCCCGCAGCACCGGCCGCAGCCCCGCCGUCUCGGGCCCGCCCCGCAGCCGCUGCGGCACCGCAACCGCAACCGCCGCCCCCAGCCCGGCCCUCCCGGCCCCGGGCAGCGCUGAGCGGGCGCACCGGGCCCGGCCCCGGGAUGGGGCCCGGCGGCGGCGGCAGCGGGUGGCCCCUGGCCGGGACCGUGCUGGUGGCCGUGGCCACCUCUCUGGUGGCGGGAGGUGAGGACUGCCUGUGGUACGUGGACAAGAACGGGUCCUGGCAUCCCAGCUUCGACUGUGAGUUCUACACCUUCUGCUGCGGCACGUGCCACCACCGGUACUGCUGCCGCGACCCCCUGCGCCUCAUCACCGAGCGCCAGCAGCGCCACUGCCUCGCCUUCAGCCCCAAGACCAUCGCGGGCAUCGCCUCGGCCGUGGUGCUCUUCAUCGCCAUCGUCACCACCAUCGUCUGCUGCUUCAUGUGCUCCUGCUGCUACCUGUACCAGCGCCGGCAGCACCUGCGCACCCCCCUGCAAGGCCCAGAGAUCCCGCUGUCCAGCUACCCCCCCGCGGCCCCCAUGGCCCCCUUCCCUAUGGACCCCAAAGCCGGCCCUGCACCCCCCCAGCCCGGCUUCACCCCCAUGGCCAUGUACCCACCGUCCGCCCCCGCUGCCCAGUACCCACUGUACCCCUCCGGCCCCCCCGUCUACAACCCCACAGCGCCUCCGCCCUACGUCCCGGCACAGCCCAGCUACCCCGGAGCCUGAGCCCCCAUGGGGACCCCGGCAUCCCCCUCCUGCUGCCGGCCAGCACGGCCGGGCUGGGGCUCUUGGGGACCUUGUGGACCCCAGUCGCCCCGCCGCGGGGCCAGGAGGGUGCUCCGGUUGUGGCCGGAUCGGGCCCUUCCCGGCCGUCCCGGGUGACCCCGCGCCGGCAGCACAGGGCGGCUCUUGUCCCACACACUGGGCCCUUUGUGGUGCCUCUGCCCCGGGCACCCACGGGGGGGACACCCGGGGGUCCCCUGAGGGCCGUGCAUGGCUGCACCCCUGCACACCCGCGUCCGGAUUCGGCCCCCCCCGGGGUCAGCAUUAAACCACGUCUUGCGCCCCACA